GCCAUGAAACAAAUACAAACAUAUUACUUUUGACUCCUAUGUUAGCAUGUUUAGAUCAUGGUUAGAUGUAGUUUUAAUUUCCUAAUGAAUCCAGCACUGUUCCCUGAGUAUAGUUACCAUGAAAAGAUUUAAUCGAAGUUAUCUUAAAUGUUUGCAUUGGCGUGGACCUCAAAGAUGCACAAUCCUGCUUCUAAGUGGAUGCUUCAUUCUGAUUCUCUUGAGCUUUUUUUUACUGCCAAGUCCGGAUGUCUAUAGUGAGUUUGGUCCACGUAGUCAGUUGGUUUCAAACAAAUUUGAAUCCUUACUGCUUGAACUAAUCCCACCACGUUUGGAGUCCAGAGUGGAUUGCUCAGCUAUAAUCAAUGGUAACAUGCAAGAAAUUGACAAAGCUAAACAAGUAUCAAUGCAUUUGAAAAACACACAUGAAGAGCUUACUACAGAAAGUUAUUUGGAGUUGACGUCUAACUGUUUAGAAUUCUUAGAAAUCAGAGGUUAUUUGAAGUCGUCAUUAAGCAGAGACGAAUUCGAAUUUUCAAUCGCUUAUUCCAUUUUGAUUACCGAAGAUGUUGAAAUGGCUGAGAGACUUCUGCGUGCUAUUUAUAGACCACAGAACUAUUAUUGCAUUCAUGUGGACAGCAAAUCUGACGCAAUUUACAAAGUUUUUCUGGCAAUAGCUUCCUGUUUUAAUAACGUCUUCAUUCCAGAACGUAGGCUAAAGAUGACAUGGGGAACAUUUUCCAUACUGGAGGCCGAACUCAUUUGUAUGGAAACACUCUGGCCAUUCGCUCGUUGGAAAUAUUUUAUAAAUCUCACAGGGAAAGAAUUUCCUCUGAAAACCAAUUUAGACAUUGUUAAGGUUUUGCAAUCAUUGAACGGAGCCAAUGACAUUCACGCCAACAUACGAGAAACUUACACUGAAAGAUGGCGUUAUCAUUUUCAUUAUCCCCCACCUUGGUUUCGGCCUGUUAAAGGAUCAGUGCAUAUAGCCGCCAGCAGAUCUUUUGUGGACUUUGUACUUCACAAUGAAACAGCUGCUAAGAUUCUGUCGUGGGUAAAAACUUUACCAAAGUUCCAUGACGAAGUCUUUUUCUCCACACUGAACCACAAUCCACACUUGAUGGUACCAGGUUCCUAUACAGGUGACCUUGACACUGACGAAAUAACUAAACCUCACGUGAGUCGUUAUAAAGUGUGGAAUACUUCCAGUCAUUACUUCUGUGCCACUAACAGAUGGGAGAAAUAUAUAUGCAUCCUCACAACAGGAGACCUCCCUUUAAUGCUGAGAAGUAUUCAUUUAUUUGCCAAUAAGUUUUAUCUACAAGAAGAUCGCAUUGUGGUCAGUUGUCUGGAAGAGUGGAUUUAUAAUGCUACAAAAGACGGGUUUCUGGAAACAAGACAAAUCGAUAUUUCUUAUUAUGAAAAUCUGGACAUUGUGAAAAAUCAAAUAAGGAUUCCAAUAACUUCAUAAACGUAUUUAUUUUUGGAAAGUUUACAGUGAGCUCUUCAUUUAAAAAAAAAUAUGAACACGUGUUAUGGUGUUAAUUGCAUGGAUGUAUUCGAGUCUGUAAUGUAUGCAUACAAUUAAAUUUGAUCGUCAGUAA